GGCGGCGGAGCGGGGCGGUGCGCCAGGAUCGUCUCCGAGGCUCGCCUCAGGCGUCUCGGCGGCCAGCGGCGGCGGUGGCGCGCGCGCGGCCGACUGGGAGGGCGUGGUGACCGGCGCCAGAGUGACGCCGCGCAGGGGCCUCUCGUCACAGGCAGGAGCAGCGACUAACAGGAUGAUCAAAGUGGGCAACCAGACCAACUCGCAAGACCCCCAGGCUGUCAACUCGCGGGUGUUUGUCGGCAACCUCAACACCUUCCAGGCGACCAAGACUGAUGUGGAGCGGCUCUUCCAGCGCUAUGGACGCAUUGCUGGGAUCUCCAUGCACAAAGGUUUCGCGUUUAUCCAGUUUACAAACCCAUUCGACGCCCGCUCGGCUUGUAUGGGGGAAGACGCCAGAAGUAUAUUCGGACAGGUUCUAGAUGUCAACAUGGUGGCAGAGCCAAAGCCGACACAGACAGGCAGGAAACGGCAACAACAGCAGAAUAAGCACCAGCAGCAACAGCAACAGCAGCAACAACAACAGAACGUCAUCCAGGCGGCUAACGACUGGUACUACGCGGCAGCGGCGGCCAACCCGUUCACGGCGGCGGCGGCGCGAGCGCGUGUGAUCGUGCCGCCGCCGACGGCGCCCGUCGGCUCGCCGGCGAGCGGCGCCGGCCAGUCACCCUCCCCGGCGCCGGCGUCGGCGCCAGCACCGGCGGCGCGCAAGGUGCAGGGCACCUUCUGCCUCGACGACUUGAAGACGUACAGUAGUCCAGACAUUCUGAUCUGCGGCAACUGCAGGGAAAUGUUCGGCGAUGUCAUGGACAUGCUGGACCACAAGCGCUGCUGCUGCAAACUCCGUUUCGCCUGCAAAUGCGGCGAGCAUACGUCUACUAACAGCUCGAGCCGGACGUCCACCUCGCUGCUCUGCGCCCUCUGCAAGGAGGGCUUCAGCAGCGCCUGGGACCUGAUGGUGCAUUUCCAGACGGCCCAUACGGUUAACAUCUACCGGCUGGGCUCGCCGCCUAAAGAUGCGGACUCACGUCCGGAGACGGUGAGCUCGGGCGCCUGCCUCCCGGACGCCGAGGUGAAGGAGGCCGGCUCACACGACUCGGCCGCGCUCAACGGCACCCCCGCGGCGGCCGACACGACAAACGGGUCAUCAGUGACGGAGGGGUCAGCGAUGCUGUCUGCGGCCCCUGACCUUGUGAACGGCAGCCCUGUGGCGCAGCAGAGCUGAGUUCACCGUGCCCCGUCUCAUGGACUGCGAACAAAGGAGCCGGAGACGUCGGGGUGACAGCCGGAGUCAGCCAGAGGCAUCUGCCCCGCGACAGUCCUGUGAUCGGCGCGCGGCGGCGGGGCUCGCGCGGCGCCGCGGAGGACGGCACGCUUGCCGGUUGCCGGGGAAACUGACCCCCUAACGGCGCCCAAGUUUGGGAGGCGUCCCGGCUGAAACGUACGAGCCAUACCCGAUAUCUCCGCGUCGCGCGAGUUUUCUAAUAUGAACGUCGAAUGGGCCUGAGGACUCCGCCACUGCAACUUUUGAACAAUCUUUCUUUAUUAGACGCUUGAAGUUGGCCGGGGCAAGGCGCUGAUUCUCUCCAGCCUUGCGUUGGCGCUAGUACUUGCGUCAGCGUUAUUCGAACACAACGCUUGUGCUCAAACAAGAGCAGUGCCUUGCGAAACUCGACAAACCGUAGCCGCUGGGCCUGGCAGCGCUUGCAGACCUCUCGUCUUGACAAGACCCUCAACAAGCAAGCGACCAUGUCUGGCUCUGGCGUCCUCCUGGCAUGGAUUCGUAGCACCCUGGCCUGCCUGCGAAGGCUGGGUCUCCCGAGAACGCAGUGGAAUUGGGGCAAAGGCGAGCAAACGAGGUCCCAGCUCCACCUGUGCCCAGUCCUCUUGCCCGUACCGCUUUUUGCCUUUUGAAUGCGGCGUUUAUGGGUGUCCAGGACAAAGAGCAUUGUGCCAACAACGGCUGUCCGACAACUUUCUCGGCACCACCGUUAUUUAUGGGUGGACAAACACGUAAGGGCGAGGACACGCACGCCAGGCGAUCCGGUCCACAUGGUCUGUCAGGGCCGCUGCAGCUUUCGAUGAUUGACUGUCUGUUUAAAGCACAUGUAUCCUUUACCUGAUGGUGGUGCCAGGCAUGCGUUUAAAACACGCAGCCACACGACUUACGGAAUAGCACUUCAUUUCACUUGUCAAUCGUUGAACUUCGUUUCGCUUAACACCAGUCAAUGCCCAAACCACGAUAUUUUCGGCGGCCACCAUGAAACUCAAUGCGCACAGAGCUUUGUUUGAUGCCGCCGGACACUUCCUACGGCUUCCGUUCCGUUCUCCUGAUCCCAGUGUCGACAGGAGGCAGACGCCUCGGAAGCCGGUGCGUCCCUGCAGCGCCAGGCGUGGCCGUGUCCUGCCCUGACGUGUCGG